GUUAACAUGCGUUCAGUGGUUAAUUGGUGCCGUCAAAAUGGUGUUCCCGUAAUAAACAUGCCAUAGACAUUGUUUAUAUGAAGUAGGAGUCAGUGGAUGAAGGUUCUAGUGAGAAUCUGGUUUAGGGAAGGAGAAUCCACCUUCCACCUAAGCAUGUGGACAUUUAUUUUGCACUGUGCUGUGGUUACGCUGGGUAUCACAAAUUCUGCUACAACAGCUACGGUCUCUCGAUCAUUUCUGACAGAUUUUGACAAGAUGGAUAAAUUUACCACGAAGUCGCAAUCGAAAAAACAAAGAAUGACAAUACCGCAUUUUCUACGAACGUUUAAUGGCAAUUCAGUUUCACUGAGUUCUGCUUUUAUAUUGCCUGUUAAGCACAGGAUAAUUUCACAGACGUCAAACGCUCCUAACAAACAGCUGCAUCAUCCUCCAGCCAGGAAUUCAUUGCCCCUCUACAAAGUGAAGCAAGGAGUUAAUGGCGGCUUGCAAAAUGGAUAUAUAGCUCAACACCCCCUUGUACACCAAAGAGGAAGAAACGAUAAUAAUACCACUAAUACCAAUAAAGUAUUUGAAAUGGUGGGACCACCUCUUGCACUCAACACUCAGUUAAAAGGGUUGUUCCACUCACCGAAAGGUCGUGUUGUGGCAAGCGCAAGCAACUUCAGUGGAAAAGCAAAUAAACACAGUCCUCUAACGAACUAUAGCAACAAAGGAUUCAUUCUCGCAAAGCAAUUGAAGGACACAUCAGCUUUAAGAGAGAAGACGCCUUUAGACGAAGAAAUAAUCGUAAUGGGAGCGCCUUUAAUAUUCACUAAAGGAAACAAAAAAUUUCUCACUAUUUCAAAACAUACCAAAGGAAAGACAAGCAACAUUUUAAGGAACAGGGCUGCUCCCUUUCAUCAGAAAGCUUAUACUCCUCAAAAACUUCAAGGAGUGCAUGAGAGCAAAACGUCUUUGAAUAUGUUGGCUUUGCAUAACAAGACGACACUUCGAAACGACAAGGAUGUUAGUUCAUCAAUGAGUCCCAAAAAUAUCCAAAAUCACAUCCCUUCAAAUGGGAAUUUCCAUAAACAAGAAAAUAAUAAAGUGGCAAAUCUCUUGAAACAAAACCAAAGUAAAACGUCAAGUCAAAGUGAAAGUCAAAAGGAAACAUUUGGGAAUGAAACAGUGGUAAUUACAGACAAUUUUCUUCCUCAUAACGUAAGUUUGAAGCAUCCUGAUUCAACUUAUUUUCACAAACAAACACCUAAUAAAAGUGGAAAUCAACUCCAGAGCAUAGAACAGAAACAAACAGACGUUUUCUUUGAGACUGAACUGGGUUCUAAUGAAACUAGCAAAGCAGAAGGCCCUGGUAAAAAUACUACUGGUUACCAAGAAUACAACGCAAAAGAAAAUCAUGGCAGUGAAGAAACCAACUCUAUAUUCACAACUAUAAUUGGUGACAGGCAAGAAAACCUUCCGCCAUUUCCUGAAGAAAAUUCUGAAGAAAAAAAUGUCGAAGAUUUGCAAAUUUUCAGCGAUGAUAGUGGUAGCGUAAGCAAAGACCGAGAUGAAGGAGAAAGGGAUGGUCAGUUUCAAGGUAAACCGAUGACUUCAGCUUCAAACCAGCGGUACAUGCCAGUGGAUGACUUUGGGUCGCCUUUUUAUGGCAAUGAGACAGACGAGUAUUUUAAGCGAGACGCCCUUGCAGCCCACAACAGGUAUCGAGCUUUGCACAAUGCUCCUCCUCUGCAACUUAGCCGGGAGCUGUCCGCGGAGGCUGAAAAGUUUGCCAAACGACUGGCUAAAGUGGGUGUCGCAUAUCAUGAAAUAAACCGUAACCUUCGGAAGGAGGAUGAAGGUGAUAAUGUGGCAAGAGGGUGCAGUGAGUGGGGAGGGCUGACAUCUACUGGAGCGAUACAUAGAUGGUAUAGCCAAGUGUGUUAUUUUAACUGGAGCAAGAACGCCAUUCAACCCGAAGCGAAGAAUUUCAUGCAAUUAAUAUGGAAAGGAACCAAUCACAUGGGAAUAGGAAGAGCUUUUGGAACUCGCCGUGGCCUACCUUGCACUUUCAUCGUGGCACGUUACAGACCUGGUGUUAUGAAUGCAUAUGAAAUGCACAGUAACGUAGACAGCGGCUCAUUCCUGCCUUCAUAUUGCGAUGCGGAUAAGGACAAAGGUUUAAUGUCCACAGGAUAUCCAAGUACAUUUUUUCAGAAGGGAGUUGCACAACAAUUCAAUGAACCACCUCCUGACCCUCAGUCCUUUAGUAAUUUCCAAAACAAUGCAGACCCCUUAACAAGCGUAACGUUCUACCCUCUGGGUCCAUGGGAGAAAACUAUAGAUUCGCAAGAUGAGAGUGACUUUACGAGGGUACAACCCGAUGAAAAGAAACUGUACAGUUUGUCACCUCGUGUCAAUGUAGCAGACGCUACCCUCGACGACGAUAUGGACGACGAGGAUAAUGUCUCGAUUACAGGCGAUGAUGAUGACUGGAAGAGGACAUAUAAGUCACCUAAGGUUAAAGGUCACAUAGUCGUGGAUGCAAAGAAGUCUACAAUUAAGAAGACAGAAAAACGUCUUAAAAAAGCCGGCUGAACAUUAAAAGCAAACUCGUACUGAUGAAGGCAAUUUAAUAACUUCUGUGACCAUACUAGAGCAGGAAUGAUCACAUGGCAAGCUGGUUAUGAGUGAAAACAUGCAAAGUGUACGUCAGUGAUCUCUUAAAUCAAUAUGUUGCUAGUCAGAGUGUUCAAGAGCAAAAAUUUCGCCAAGAGGUAAAUUUGAUUCCAAACCCAUAUGGCAGAAACUUUCAACUCUCUCUCCAAAGGAUCCUAUGAAAACCUACGUAUUACUUAUUUAUUGAUAUGAUUUCUCAUUUACUUGUCUAAGAUUAUAGCUGCAUGUGUGGAUUAAAUUGUAGAUAAAUAUGUCCUGUAUUAAAUGAAUAAAGAUGAUAAGUUUCUGAGGAAA